AUGUUCCUUCUUACCUACCUUUUGCCCCUGGUUUGGCUUGCUUCAUCCUCUCCUUUCCCUCAAACUCGUGCGAAUAACAUUACUUCUCUUAACACUACAAGCUUCAAUUCGACAAGGAUUGCAGCAGCAGCAGUUGCAUCCAGCUGGUGGUACGCCAACAUUGACCAUAGCACUGGCGCUGUCCGUGACUAUGCACCUGGCGUCGGCGACUACAACUACCCGAUCUACAAAUCGGUCAACAACGUCAAUGACCUCUACAAUGCUAUUUUCUCGGACGGACCAAAUGGAAGUCAGAGACCGUCUGCACUCGGAGACCAGGACCCCGGCAAUAUCAUCAGCAACGACUACCUCGCAGCCCUUCCAAGAGUCGUCUACAUUCAGCCUGGAACUUACGUUCUCAAUCGCAAGCUUGCGCUCACCGGCGAUACAAUUUUGAUUGGCGAUGCAGUCAAUCCUCCAAUUCUCCAAGCUUCUUCCGGCUUCAGUGAUCCAUACGUGAUUCAAGGUGGGUCAGGAAUCACGGAUCCUUCAGAUAACAAUGGCCACGGAGAGCUUCGAUUCUCCAGGAUGAUCAAGAACAUCAUUAUAGACACAACUCAGGCGACCGGAAAGUCGGACUUGAUUGCCUUGGAGUGGGGUGUAGCACAGAACUGUGCCCUUACCAACAUCCAGAUUCGCAUGCCUCUACAGAAACACACGGGGCUCUAUGUCGGCCAGGGCUCGACCAUUCAGGUUGCUGACGUAUCCUUCAGCUAUGGAGACACGGGUAUCUUGGUCCGCAACCAGCAAGCUACGUUGAAGAACAUGAAGUUUGUCGACACAACAACAGGCAUUACGAUUGCUGGGGGCUUUGCAAUGAACAUUCUCAAUCCGACUUUCGAUACAGUCGGCAAUUGUGUCACACAGACAAACGGACAGCCUUGGCUAUCGAUCGUGGACGCCAAUGUGGUCAACUCGGGAAUUCUCCUGCAAACGGUGCAAUAUCCAAAUUUCAUGCUCGAGAACGCUGUUCGAGACAACAACAAUGCCAUGGCCGUCGCAGGAGGAAAGGCCGUUGUUGGCGGCAUCCAAAAGGUCGGCCACUACGUUUACGGCAAUACAUAUGGCAAGAAUCCCCCCUACCAGACUGGCAACACGCCAUCCGCCGGCCGCCGACCAUCCAGUCUUCUCGUCAAUGGCAAAUUCCCUAUUGUCACGCCAAACCAGCAUACCGAUAAAACCGCAGCAGAUGUCAUCAAUCUCAAAGACACUUCUCAAAACGGUGGUAUCAAAGUCCUCGGCGAUGGCAACAAUAUCGAUGGGCCUGGCUUGCAAGCUGGCCUGAACAAGGCUGCAUCUGCCGGGAAGAUUGCGUACCUUCCUUUUGGUGUCUAUCGUGUCGAUGACACCCUCACAAUCCCUCCCGGAACGAUCCUUUUCGGGAAUGGAUGGUCGACCAUCCAAGGUAUUGGCCAGAAUUUCAAGACUGAGAGCAACCCUAGGCCAGUCGUGCAAGUUGGCGCGCCCGGUUCAUCAGGGACAGCGGAGAUUCAUGACAUUCGCGUUAAUGCAGGUGAGCAGCUUCCAGGCGGUAUCCUCGUGCAAGUCAACAUGGCCGCAGGCAAAGGUGGUGUCCUCGUCGAAGCGACAAAAGGAACGUGGCUCACUGGCCUUGGCAGCGAGCACUGGUGGUAUUACAACCUGGGCUACAACAAAGCCUCCAACGUCUUCGUCUCGCUUUACCAGUCCGAGACCAACUACCAAGAAGGCAAUAGCCAAAGUGGCUCUGGCGGCCCAAGCGAUCCCCCUCCCGGACCUUUCCAGCCCACCGGCGCUGGUCCUGACUGGAGUCACUGCGACGGCGCCGCGGCGGUCUGUCGCAUGACGAUGAAUCAGUGGUUCAAAAGCGGUAGCAAUAUCGUCAGCUACUCAAGUGCGAGCUGGAACUUUGGAGACGGAAACAGACAGGCCAAUGUCAAUGUCAUGGAGCAGGCGCCCGCGAAUCUCCAGUUGUAUGGUUUGUGCGCGGGUUCGAGCACGAAUUACAUCAUGCGACUCCCGGAUGGGAGUCGAUUUGGAAGACCUGAUGAUGGAUACAAGGGCAGCUGGCAGACACUUGUCGCGGAGGCAACAUUCUAG